CACACACACACCUGUCUGCCUGUCUGAAUACUACCGCAGUCUAACACCUCUUCUCAGAGAGCCAACAACACCUGGAGAGUGAAAUUCAAACCAGCUGGUGGGGGGAGUGGACAAGCGUGGCCCCUGCGCCUUUAAGACUGCAUGUGGUCCACAUCUCGCUGCUCCCAUGGCAGGCUGUGUGAGUGCACGCUUUCAAAGUUUGACUGGGGAAUAGAGGUAACAGUGGAGCAGGCAGCAGCGUCGCCCCGCCGGGAGAACAGACACACGGCAAUCAUCAUCUGAGGUAGUAGUGGUGGUGGUGGCGGUGGCAGACAGGGGGGGGUAAAGAAAAGGACCGCAGCUCGCCUGGGAGUGUCCGACACCGGCGAUAAGAACAAAGGGAAAGAUGACUGAGCGGAUUUUCGAUUUAUAAAUGGAAAACACAAGGUGGUUAAUGUAACACUGUGUCUGCUGGAAGGAGGGACUACCGGCUGCAGCCUCCCCCUCAACCAUGCCGCUCGUAUUCCGCACGCUGUUGUUCGGCUUUGUAACGCUGCUGGUUGUGGUUUUGAUAAUUGAUGAUAUUGCAGAAGUGGAGGAAGAAACUGCGAAUACUGGACAUUCAAAGAAGAUGAACUUGCAGAGGCUCAUGCCUAAACCGCACAGAAAGGCUGCAGCACACGUGGAUCCGACUGCUUUGACAAGAUCAAGCACAGAUACAAAUCAUCCUCGUCCAAGCUACAAUGACACUGCCAAGCUCUCGUCAAACAACUGGACCUUCAACAAGACCCUCUCCAACCUCAUCAGGCAGAAUAUCCUGAGGUUCCUGGACCCGGAGAGAGACAUCUCGAUUCUGAAGGGCACACUGAAACCAGGAGAUAUCAUCCACUAUGUUUUUGAUCGCCACAGCACCACAAACAUCUCAGAAAAUCUCUACCGUCUCUUGCCAACUGUAUCUCCCAUGAAAAACCAACAUCACAGGCGCUGUGCCAUUGUGGGAAACUCUGGGAUCCUGCUGAACAGCAGCUGUGGGCCUGAGAUUGACUCUCACGACUUUGUUAUCAGGUGUAACCUGGCACCAGUGGAGGAGUACUCUCGGGACGUGGGGUGGCGGACCAACUUGGUGACCAUGAACCCCUCAGUGGUUCAGCGGGCCUUCCAGGACCUGGUCAGUGAAGAGUGGAGGGAUCGCUUCUUGCAGAGGCUCCGGAGCCUGAGCGGCAGCGUGCUGUGGAUCCCAGCCUUCAUGGCCAAAGGGGGGGAGGAGCGCGUGGAGUGGGCGCUCCGUCUCAUCCUGCUGCACACCGUGGACGUGCGCACUGCCUUCCCCUCGCUUCGCCUCCUCCACGCCGUCAGAGGGUAUUGGCUGACCAACAAUGUCCACAUCAAACGUCCGACCACCGGCCUCCUCAUGUACACGAUGGCCACGCGCUUUUGCGAGGAGAUCCAUCUUUAUGGCUUCUGGCCCUUUCCACUCGACCCACAGGGCAAACCGGUCAAAUACCACUACUACGACACACUAAAAUAUGAGUACACCUCCAGCUCUAGUCCUCACACCAUGCCUUUGGAGUUCAGGACCCUGAGCACGUUGCACAGACAGGGGGCGCUCCGGCUCCACACUGGGACCUGUGAUGCUGAGAGGAGACCACCGGAGGAGCUCCAGAGCAAAUAGCUGGAUGGAAGAUUGCCAUGGAAACCACUGUCUUGACUGAGAAGACUUUGUACUAACAGUUUUCUUGUUACUGUACUUUUUCUGAAACUUGAAUUAACUUAUUUUCAGUAAUUGGAAUGAACUUUUUUUUUCUAUUUCGAGCUCUUUUAGUGACUCGUUUCACUGGUGUGUUUUACCUUUAAUGAGAUUUCUAUGGCAACCUUUAAAAUAAUGAGACCCUUUUUGUCUAACUCCUUUUUGCUGGUGUAACCCGGCUCUUCAUGGAGAUCCUGUCAUGUCAGUCUGUUGGCCCCUUAUUCUCUCCUAAACUGUCAAUUUUAACCUGCAGUUCCCAUUGUGGGUACAAACUUUGAAUUAAGGAUUCAAAACACAUAUUUGUGUUUUCAAAAUUAGUCACAAGAUGCCAUAAAUUAAUAUUCCCACUUUAUGAUAUGACAGGGCUUCAUUAAGUAUGUGUUGUAAAUUACCCAGAAUGUCAACAGCAUGAAGAGCUGUUGAAUUAAGGUUCAUGUGAGUCACUGGUUGGGCCACAAGAUGGAAGCA